CUCCUCCUCCUCCUCUCCUCUCUCGCAAACCUAACCCUAGACCCCAAAUCCCCAAUAUGCUCUGAUUCGUAUAAGGUCGGCUGCGGGGGCGAUCAAACGAUUGCAGGAUCGAUUGCCAUCGAUGAUCUGGCCGUCAAGAGAGAGGAGUGACUAAAGAUGCCCUCGUAUGCUGAUCUGGACCGUCAGAUCGAGCAGCUGAGGCAAUGCAAGUUUCUAACGGAAGCAGAGGUGAAGGCUCUCUGCGAGAAGGCGAGAGCGGUCCUCAUGGAGGAAUGGAACGUGCAGCCGGUGAAGUGCCCUGUAACCGUCUGCGGGGAUAUACACGGCCAGUUUUAUGAUUUGAUGGAACUGUUCAAGAUCGGCGGUGAAGCUCCGGAUACCAAUUAUCUCUUUAUGGGAGACUACGUGGGUUAGUGCGGGAGAUUAGCUUGCUUUGUUUCAAAUUGUUUGGUUUUGUCGUCGCUUCUAUGG